AUGUGUCCUACUAGUUAUCCCUAUGGAUCAGAAACAGGGACUAAACCAAAUAUGGAGAGCGGUCUACCUGGCCCGCUUGGCCUGCCUGGCCCGCUUGGCCUGCCUGGCCCGCUGGGUCUGCCUGGCUCGCUUGGCCUGCCUGGCCCGCUGGGCCUGCCUGGCCCGCUUGGCCUGCCUGGCCCGCUUGGUCUGCCUGGCCCGCUUGGCCUGCCUGGCCCGCUUGGCCUGCCUGGCCCGCUGGGUCUGCCUGGUCCGCUUGGCCUGCCUGGCCCGCUUGGCCUGCCUGGCCCGCUGGGUCUGCCUGGCCCGCUUGGCCUGCCUGGCCCGCUGGGUCUGCCUGGCCCGCUUGGCCUGCCUGGCCCGCUUGGCCUGCCUGGCCCGCUUGGCCUGCCUGGCCCGCUUGGCCUGCCUGGCCCGCUUGGCCUGCCUGGCCCGCUUGGCCUGCCUGGCCCGCUUGGCCUGCCUGGCCCGCUGGGUCUGCCUGGCCCGCUUGGUCUGCCUGGCCCGCUUGGCCUGCCUGGCCCGCUUGGUCUGCCUGGCCCGCUUGGCCUGCCUGGCCCGAUUGCCCUGCCUGGCCCGCUGGGUCUGCCUGGCCCGCUUGGCCUGCCUGGCCCGCUUGGCCUGCCUGGCCCGCUUGGCCUGCCUGGCCCGCUGGGUCUGCCUGGCCCGCUGGGUCUGCCUGGCCCGCUUGGCCUGCCUGGCCCGCUUGGCCUGCCUGGCCCGCCAGGUCUGCCUGGCCCGCUGGGUCUGCCUGGCCCGCUUGGCCUGCCUGGCCCGCUGGGUCUGCCUGGCCCGCUUGGCCUGCCUGGCCCGCUUAGUCUGCCCGGCCCGCUGGGUCUGCCUGGCCCGCUGGGUCUGCCUGGCCCGCUUGGCCUGCCUGGCCCGCUUGGCCUGCCUGGCCCGCUUGGCCUGCCUGGCCCGCUGGGCCUGCCUGGCCCGCUGGGCCUGCCUGGCCCGCUGGGUCUGCCUGGCCCGCUGGGUCUGCCUGGCCCGCUUGGCCUGCCUGGCCCGCUUGGCCUGCCCGGCCCGCUGGGUCUGCCUGGCCCGCUGGGUCUGCCUGGCCCGCUUGGCCUGCCUGGCCCGCUUGGUCUGCCUGGCCCGCUUGGUCUGCCUGGCCCGCUUGGCCUGCCUGGCCCGCUGGGUCUGCCUGGCCCGCUUGGCCUGCCUGGCUCGCUUGGUCUGCCUGGCCCGCUUGGCCUGCCUGGCCCGUUUUUCUACCGGACUUGCUUGUACUUUGAGGCCGAGUUGGAUGGUCUGAGAGGACCGGUUAGGAGGGUCGAUGGAAGGCAGUUUUGUCCUAAUUCCGGAUUUAAGAAGCUGUUUCCCCUCCAAGAAGAAUCUGAAUUCAAGAUGAUUCCUGAUGGCGAUUCCGGAUUUUAG